UUACUACAUAGCCCAGCGGACUUUGCGCUCCAGAAGUCUGACGUCACGUCCGCUCCAGUAGACCGACUUCCCAGCUGUGGAUCCCGGUCCUGCGCGUCAGAGGGAUGGCCUAUCAGAUCUGACCCCAAUCGAGGUCAGGACUUCUGCUCAGGUCAUGUGGACCGCAGAUGAAAUUGCCCGUCUGUGCUACAUUCACUAUGGUACUAGGCUGCCCAAGCAGGGAAGACCUGAGCCAGGUCGAGAAUGGACCUUGCUGGCAGCUGUGGUCAAGGUGAAUUCUGAGCAGUCCUCACAAGUAACUAAGGAAGUUGUCUCCAUGGGAACAGGAACGAAAUGCAUUGGCCUGUCCAAAAUGAGAAAAAGUGGAGACAUCCUCAACGACAGUCACGCUGAGGUUAUAGCCAAGAGGAGUUUCCAAAGGUACCUGUUCCAUCAGCUCAGCAUUGCAGUCAGCCUGCAACAGGACAGCAUCUUUAUGCCAGGAACCAAGAUUGGAAUGUGGAAGCUCAAACCAGACUUGCAUUUUGUGUUUUUUUCUAGCCACACUCCAUGUGGGGAUGCCUCCAUCAUCCCAAUGCUUGAGCUUGAAGAUCAGCCCUGCUCUCCAGUCCAUAGUGAUGAAGUGGUCAGCCAGUCAGCAGACGCCAUCAGUGACCCUGUGGUACUGGGAAAUAAAAGGAAAUGUGAGGAGCUCCCUGCCCACCCUGUAAUUAAGAAGAUGAGGAUAGAGCCCAGGGAUCUUUCCAGGGAGAUCCCCAGCGAUACAGCCAUGCACUACUCAACUGGGAAAGAAGGAAGCUUCCAAAUACCCACAGAUGUCAGCAAUUCCAGCCCUCCAGCAAGUGGAGCAGCAGCUACUAAGGGGAUUGUCCCAGUUGGUGCUAAAGUCGUGGAUAUUUAUAGAACUGGAGCAAAAUGUGUGCCAGGGGAAGCUGGAGAUACUCAGAAGCCUGGUAUCGAAUAUCACCAGGUGGGAUUACUGCGAGUGAAGCCAGGCCGAGGAGACCGAACCCGCUCUAUGUCCUGUAGUGAUAAGCUAGCAAGGUGGAAUGUGCUUGGGUGUCAAGGUGCCCUGCUGAUGCACUUCCUGGAGGAGCCCAUCUACCUAGCAGCUCUGGUCGUUGGAAAGUGCCCUUACAGUCCUGAGGCCAUGAAGAGAGCCGUGACUGACAGGUGUCAGCAUGUAUCUGGUUUGCCCAGAGGCUUCCAAGUGCAAGAGCUGAAGAUGCUUCAGUCAGAUUUACUGUUUGAACACAGCCGCCAUGCGGUUCAGGCAAAGAGAGCUAACUGCCCAGGGAAAGUUGUUCCCUGUGGGGCUGCCAUCAGUUGGAGUGCAGUCCCAGAACAGCCUCUCGACGUGACCUGCAAUGGUUUCAGGCAGGGAGUGACAAAGAAGAGCAUCGGAAGCCUUCGGGCCAGAUCCAAAGUCUGUAAGGUGGAACUCUUCAACAUGUUCCAGAAGCUGGUGAGCAGUAUUUCUGAGAACAAGCGACCGGAAUCUCUGAGGGUCAAGAAACUGGAAACGUACUGGGACUACAAGGAGGCAGCAGCCAGCUACCAAGAAGCCUGGAAGGCACUUCGGAAACAAGCAUUUGGCUCCUGGAUCAGAAAUUCACCAGAUUACCAUCAGUUUAAAUAAGAUAAAAUCUGCACAAAUGCAUUGGAGACAGGAUGUUUUCCAACCUUUGUCCCACUCAUACACAUUGGACAGAUUUCAGCUUUCCUGUUAGCCAAGGAAAAGCAAAACUUUUGCCAAAGGAGCUUAAAAUGUUGAGCCUAUGAAGAUGUUCAUUCUGGAUCACAGAACCAAUUAUAACUGAUUGGAAUUAAGCUCUGUAGUAAAAUGGCACCUUGAUAAGAUGUCAUGUUUUUUCAAAUGACUGUCCUUGGUAUCUGUCACGUGUUGUGAUAAGGUCUUGGACAAUAUCCCUUUCCUCCCCUCAAAAAAACACCACACAUUUAAGGGGCAGCUAGGUGGCGCAGUGGAUAGAGCACCGGCCCUGGAGUCAGGAGGACCUGAGUUCAAAUUCGGCCUCAGACACUUAACACUUACUAGCUGUGUGACCCUGGGCAGGUCAUUUAACACCAAUUGCCUAAAAAAUAAAUAAAUAAAUAAAAAACCAGGGGAAAAAAACCCACCACACAUUUAAGUAAAUGUAUUUGAGAGGUAUUGAUCUAUGGCUUCCAUCUGUUUAAUCAGACCAUAGGUGAAGCCUGUUUUUGUGCAGAGUGAAACACUCAUCAGGGAAGUUGGCAAACAGGCAACACCAAAGUAAUUAACAUAUUUUAUAAAAGGAGAUUUUUGCAACAAGGAAGCAUAAUCAUCAAGCCUUAUAACCAGAAGAUAGUAUAUUUCUUCCAAUACUUACAAAUGACUAUCUUCUGGUUAUAAGGCUUGAUGAUUAUGCUUCCUUGUUGCAAAAAUCUCCUUUUAUAAAAUAUGUUAAUUGAAAUAGUAUAUUUCUUCCAAUACUUACAAAUGACUAUUUCAAUUUUAAAAUGAUCUUUUCCAAAACUUGUCCUGCAGCCUAAGGAGCUAGACCCCUAAGGCAUAAAACAUUGAGGUAGCCUUAGAAAGCUUUACUUAUAAUUCCACUAAAUUCGCUUGGGGAGGCUUAAUGUUGCUUCAGCUCUUGGUGUUCUGUGCCCCAUUGGUGGAUUCUAAUUCUCCCCCUAGAAAAAGCAUAUGCUUUGUUUUAAUUGUUUGCAUUACAUUUUAAUGUAUUCUUUGUAUGGCCCUUGGGCAUAAAUUAUAAGGGGGAUUAUGGAUAA